AUGCGUUGCAACAAUGUAGCGAUAGUCUCCAGAUUCUUACAGAGAAACAUCUUCACUCAUUUUGGCAUCCCAUGUGCCAUAAUAAGUGAUGAAGGUUCCCACUUUGUCAAUAGCAUCAUUAACAAACUGCUGCUCAAGUACAAUGUUUGUCAUAAGAUCGCCACUGCAUAUCAUCCCCAAACAAAUGGCCAAGCCGAGGUGUCUAAUAGAGAAAUCAAGCUGAUUCUAGAAAAGGUGGUGAAUCCAUCACGAAAGGACUGGGCCAUGAAGCUUAACGAUGCCUUGUGUGCAUAUAAGACUGCCUAUAAAACACCCAUAGGCAUGUCCCUAUAUGCGCUAGUGUUUGGGAAGGCAUGUCAUCUACCACUAGAAUUAGAGCAUAAGGUGUUGUGGGCAGUAAAGAAGCUCAACUUUGAUUUGAAAGUCGUAGGGGAGGAAAGAAAACUUCAGUUACUCGAGCUGGACGAAUGGAGAAUUUAA